UUUUGAUCAGUAGAAGUAGAAUAACAAAGACCUCAAUUCCCCCCAAUUCUUCGAGUCCUCAGGCACCUGAGAGUGACCGUAAAUAUAACCUAACUCGUCCCCAAAACCCUAAUUUCUUCGCCUCUGGUUCGUCUUUUCACAAACCAUAUGAUCCCUUCCGUUUCAGCCGUGGCCUCAUGAGCAGUGGCAACUCCGGUUGCUUGUACUGCUGCUUGAGGUAGAAGGGAAGAAGAAGGGAAUUUACAGAAGCAUUUCGACUCUGAAAUCAGAGAAUUCGAUUUUGGAGCGUUUUCCUGAAAAGCUAGGGUUUCCUGGUUGUUCUACUAACCAUGAGUCCCGUUCAGGACUUCAAUCAACACUCUCGGCGUCUCGUCGAGCCCGACCUCCCAAUUCAGAUGAGGCUGCAGAUGGCAAUGGAGGUUCGGGACAGCCUAGAGAUAGCGCACACUGCGGAGUACUUGAAUUUUCUAAAAUGCUACUUUCGGGCGUUCUCGGUGAUUCUUCUGCAAAUUACAACGCCACAGAUGACUGACAAUCCGGAACACAAGCUCCGGAAUAUAGUGGUGGAGGUUCUUAAUCGUCUCCCUCACACUGAAGUGCUCCGCCCUUUCGUCCAGGACCUCCUGAAAGUUGCAAUGCAAGUACUAACCACUGACAAUGAGGAGAAUGGAUUGAUAUGUAUUCGUAUAAUCUUUGACCUCCUCAGGAACUUCAGGCCCACGCUGGAAAAUGAAGUUCAGCCAUUUUUGGACUUUGUCUGCAAAAUCUACAGCAAUUUUGAGGCAACUGUUAAUCAUUUCUUCUUUGUCAAAGAAGAGAAAGGUGCGGCGCCUGUGGUUGGGGAAGAUAUUAAGUCUAUGGAUACUUCUUUGGAUCAGUCAUUAAGUGGUGGUAGUAGUUCUUAUACUGCGGGCGGGAAGCUUAACCCCAGUACCUGUUCCUUCAAGAUAAUUACCGAGAGUCCCCUGGUGGUCAUGUUUUUGUUUCAGUUGUAUAGUCGACUUGUCCAGACCAAUAUUCCUAAUCUGUUGCCUAAGAUGGUUGCUGCUAUAUCUGUCCGUGGUCCCGAAUCUGUUCCUCCGCACUUGAAGACUCAUUUCACUGAGUUGAAGGGUGCACAGGUGAAGACUGUUUCGUUUCUGACAUACCUGUUGAAGAGCUUUGCCGAUUAUAUCAGGCAGCAUGAAGAAAGCAUAUGUAAAAGCAUAGUCAAUUUGCUAGUUACAUGUUCAGACUCUGUAUCAAUUAGAAAGGAAUUGUUAGUAGCUCUAAAACAUGUUCUUGGAACAGAUUUCAAGAGGGGCUUAUUUCCGCUGAUUGACACACUAUUGGAAGAAAGGGUUCUGGUCGGAACUGGUCGAGCCUGCUUUGAGACAUUGAGGCCUUUGGCAUAUAGUCUACUUGCAGAGAUUGUUCAUCAUGUUCGAGCGGACCUUUCCUUGGCACAGUUAUCGCGGAUCAUAUACUUGUUCUCGAGCAACAUGCAUGAUGCUUCAUUGUCCUUGAGCAUUCAUACUACUUGUGCCCGCUUAAUGCUGAAUCUGGUGGAACCAAUAUUUGAGAAAGGUGUUGACCAGCCAUCUAUGGAUGAAGCACGGAUUCUAUUGGGGCGUAUAUUGGAUGCUUUUGUUGGGAAAUUCAGUACUUUCAAGCGUACUAUUCCUCAGCUGUUGGAGGAGGCUGAGGAGGGAAAGGAUCGUGCUACUCUAAGGUCCAAGCUUGAGCUCCCUGUGCAGGCAGUUUUGAAUGUGCAGGUCACUGUGGAACAUUCCAAGGAGGUCAAUGAUUGUAAGCAUCUGAUAAAGACAUUAGUCAUGGGAAUGAAGACCAUCAUAUGGAGUAUCACACAUGCGCAUUUACCUCGCUCACAGGUUUCUCCUUCUACGCAUGGAACGCACCCACAGGUGCUUGUUUCCCCUUCAUCCAGUUUACCGGCACCACAAGCAUUUAAAGGAAUGCGAGAAGAUGAGGUCCGGAAGGCUUCUGGUGUUUUGAAGAGUGGGGUGCAUUGCUUAGCGCUCUUCAAGGAGAAGGAUGAAGAGAGGGAAAUGAUGCAACUCUUUUCCCAGAUUCUAGCUAUCAUGGAACCUAGAGAUUUAAUGGACAUGUUCUCACUGUGUAUGCCCGAGCUUUUCGAGUCCAUGAUUAACAACACUCAAUUGGUUCACAUAUUCUCUACGCUUUUGCAAGCCCCUAAAGUAUACAAGCCUUUUGCAGAUGUUUUGGUUACUUAUCUUGUGAACAGUAAACUUGAUGUCUUAAAGUAUCCAGAUACACCUGCAGCAAAACUGGUCUUGCAUCUCUUUCGCUUCAUUUUUGGUGCAGUUUCAAAAGCGCCUCAAGAGUUUGAACGUAUUUUGCAACCUCACGUGCCUAUUAUAAUGGAAGUCUGCAUGAAAAAUGCUACUGAAGUUGAAAAGCCUCUUGGUUACAUGCAACUUCUCCGCACCACCUUUCGAGCGCUUGCAGUAUGCAAAUUUGAGCUUCUUCUGAGGGAUUUGAUUCCUAUGUUACAACCUUGUCUUAAUAUGCUGUUGAUGAUGCUUGAGGGUCCAGCUGGGGAAGAUAUGAAGGAUCUUUUGCUGGAAUUGUGCUUAACCUUGCCUGCACGCUUGAGCUCGUUGUUACCGCACCUUCCCCGUCUUAUGAAGCCUCUUGUUUUAUGUCUUAAAGGAAGUGAUGAUCUUGUGAGCUUAGGUUUAAGAACACUUGAGUUUUGGGUAGACAGUUUAAAUCCUGAUUUCUUGGAACCUAGCAUGGCUAAUGUCAUGUCUGAGGUGAUUUUAGCCCUAUGGUCUCACUUGAGGCCUGCCCCCUAUCCUUGGGGAGCGAAAGCGUUGCAACUCCUGGGGAAGUUGGGUGGUCGUAAUAGGCGUUUUCUCAAAGAGCCCCUUGCCCUCGAGUGCAAGGAGAAUCCAGAGCAUGGACUCCGUGUGAUUCUUACAUUUGAGCCUGCAACCCCAUUUUUGGUGCCAUUGGAUCGAUGCAUUAAUCUUGCUGUGGUAGCUGUUAUGAACAAAAAUGGUGGAAUUGAUACAUUUUAUCGAAGGCAGGCUUUGAAGUUUCUUCGUGUUUGCUUAUCAUCUCAGCUUAAUUUGCCAGAAAAGGUUACUGAUGAUGGAUGCACACCUAGUCAGUUGUCAACAUUAUUAGUUUCUGCAGUUGAUUCUUCCUGGCAGCGGCCAGAAACUUCAGACAUAAAGGCUGACUUAGGCGUAAAGACGAAGACACAACUUUUGGCUGAAAAGUCUGUUUUCAAGAUUCUGUUGAUGACUGUUAUUGCUGCCAGUGUGGAUCCUGACUUCCAUGACCCCAAGGAUGACUUUGUUGUCAAUGUCUGCCGCCAUUUUGCAAUGAUGUUUCAUAUUGACUCAUCCUCAAGUAGCACUUCAGUUUCCACUGCUGCACUUGGUGGUCCUAUGCUUUCUUCAAAUGUCAAUAUUGGUUCCAGUUCCAGGUCAAAGAAUAGUUCUUCUUCAAACCUCAAAGAGUUGGAUCCUCUAAUAUUUUUAGAUGCUUUAGUUGAUGUUCUAGCGGAUGAAAACAGACUCCACGCUAAAGCUGCACUUAGCGCUUUAAAUGUUUUCUGCGAAACACUUCUUUUUCUUGCUCGCUCGAAGCAUGCUGAUGUGCUGAUGUCAAGAGGCCCUGGUACUCCAAUGAUGGUCUCUAGUCCAUCAUUAAAUCCUGUAUACUCUCCACCUCCAAGUGUUCGCAUCCCUGUUUUUGAGCAACUUCUGCCCCGUCUAUUGCAUUGUUGCUAUGGAACAACCUGGCAAGCACAGAUGGGAGGUGUUAUGGGACUUGGUGCUUUGGUUGGGAAGGUCACUGUUGAGACUUUGUGCCUUUUCCAAGUAAGAAUUGUUCGCGGUUUGGUAUAUGUUCUUAAAAGGCUUCCUACUUAUGCUAGCAAGGAGCAAGAAGAGACCAGUCAGGUGCUUACACAGGUUCUUCGUGUAGUUAAUAAUGUUGACGAAGCAAAUAGUGAACCUCGCCGGCAAAGUUUUCAAGGAGUAGUUGAUUUCCUUUCUUCAGAGUUGUUUAAUCCCAAUGCAUCUGUUAUUGUGAGGAAGAAUGUGCAGUCAUGUUUGGCACUUUUGGCUAGUAGAACUGGUAGUGAGGUAUCUGAGUUGCUUGAGCCUUUGUAUCAACCUUUGCUUCAGCCUCUUUUGGUGCGUCCGCUCCGAUCAAAAACUGUAGAUCAACAGGUGGGAACAGUUACUGCUUUAAACUUCUGCUUGGCCUUGAGGCCACCUCUUCUCAAGCUUACUCAGGAUUUGGUUAACUUUCUGCAAGAAGCAUUGCAAAUAGCUGAGGCUGAUGAAACUGUAUGGGUUGUGAAGUUUAUGAACCCAAAAGUGGCCACAUCACUAAAUAAGCUUCGAACAGCUUGCAUCGAGUUACUCUGUACUACAAUGGCAUGGGCAGAUUUCAAAACUCAAAAUCAUGCUGAAUUGCGUGCAAAGAUCAUUUCCAUGUUUUUCAAAUCUUUGACAUGUCGAACCCCUGAAAUCGUUGCUGUGGCUAAGGAAGGCUUACGACAGGUUAUAAAUCAGCAGAGGAUGCCAAAAGAGCUUCUUCAGAGCAGCCUUAGGCCUAUUUUGGUCAACUUGGCACAUACAAAGAAUCUGAGCAUGCCUCUUCUGCAAGGUCUGGCCCGGCUUCUAGAGCUUCUGUCUAAUUGGUUUAAUGUUACCCUUGGUGGCAAGUUGCUAGAACACCUAAAGAAAUGGUUAGAACCUGAAAAACUUGCACAAAGUCAGAAAUCAUGGAAGGCCGGUGAAGAACCAAAAAUUGCAGCUGCUAUCAUUGAGCUUUUUCACCUUCUUCCUAUGGCUGCUUCAAAAUUUCUUGAUGAACUUGUAACUUUGACCAUUGAAUUGGAAGGAGCUCUUCUCCCCGGACAAGUAUACAGCGAGAUUAAUAGUCCGUAUCGUCUUCCACUUACAAAGUUUUUGAAUCGCUAUGCAAGUCUUGCUAUCGAUUAUUUUCUUGCGCGAUUAAGUGAACCAAAGUACUUCAGGAGGUUUAUGUAUAUAAUCCGCUCGGAUGCCGGCCAGCCAUUGAGAGAUGAACUUGCUAAAUCGCCACAGAAAAUACUUGCAAAUGCCUUUCCUGAGUUUUUGCCAAACUAUGAUGUAGGGAUGGCUUCGGGGUCAUCAACUCCACCUCCAGCUUUGUUGGGUGACGAAGGUCUUGCUAAGCCUCCACCUGAUAGUUCGAACCCACCAUCUGCACAAGCUGGUGCAACUUCAGAUGCUUAUUUUCGGGGACUUGCACUUGUUAAAACUUUAGUCAAAUUGAUACCUGGCUGGCUACAGAGUAAUCGCAAUGUGUUUGAAACCUUGGUUCUUGUUUGGAAGUCACAUGCAAGACUAUCUCGUUUGCAGAAUGAACAGGAGCUGGACUUAGUGCAGGUUAAAGAAAGCAAAUGGCUUGUCAAAUGCUUCUUGAAUUAUUUACGCCAUGAGAAAACAGAAGUGAAUGUUCUCUUUGAUAUACUCACCAUCUUCUUGUUUCAUUCUCGAAUUGAUUAUACAUUUCUGAAGGAGUACUAUAUCAUUGAGGUUGCAGAAGGUUAUCCACCGAACUUUAAAAAGGCACUUCUCUUGCAUUUUUUGAGUCUUUUCCAAUCGAAACAACUUGGUCAUGAUCACUUGGUGGUUAUUAUGCAAAUGCUUAUUCUUCCAAUGCUUGCUCAUGCCUUCCAAAAUGAUCAAAGUUGGGAAGUUGUAGACCCGGCUAUUGUGAAAACAAUUGUUGACAAACUUCUUGAUCCUCCAGAAGAGGUUUCUGCUGAAUACGACGAGCCGUUGAGAAUAGAACUUUUGCAGCUUGCCACUUUGCUGCUCAAGUAUCUGCAGAAUGACCUUGUCCAUCAUAGGAAAGAACUGAUCAAAUUUGGUUGGAAUCAUCUCAAACGUGAAGAUAGUGCCAGUAAACAGUGGGCAUUUGUAAAUGUUUGUCACUUCUUGGAGGCCUAUCAAGCCCCAGAAAAAAUCAUACUACAGGUUUUUGUUGCACUGCUGAGAACUUGCCAGCCAGAGAAUAAAAUGCUGGUCAAGCAGGCCCUCGAUAUACUAAUGCCAGCACUGCCCCGAAGGUUGCCUCUUGGAGAUAUUCGUAUGCCAAUUUGGAUACGGUACACGAAAAAAAUUCUGGUUGAGGAAGGCCACUCAGUUCCUAAUCUGAUUCACAUUUUCCAGCUUAUUGUGCGCCAUUCAGAUCUCUUUUAUAGCUGCAGAGCUCAAUUUGUACCUCAGAUGGUCAAUUCUCUCAGUCGCCUUGGAUUGCCUUACAACACCACUGCCGAGAACAGGCGUCUUGCAAUUGAACUUGCUGGUUUGGUGGUUGGCUGGGAAAGACAACGACAAAAUGAAAUGAAAGUGGUAGCUGAUAGUGAUGGCACCAAUCAGAUCACUGAAUUUAAUCCCGGCCCUUCUAGUGCUGAUAUUAAGCGCUCUGUGGAUGGGUCUACAUUUCCUGAAGAUUCAACGAAACGUGUCAAAGUUGAACCUGGUCUUCAAUCCCUCUGUGUAAUGUCACCUGGUGGUGCAUCAUCAAUUCCUAACAUUGAGACCCCAGGAUCUGCUAGCCAACCUGAUGAAGAAUUCAAGCCAAAUGCUGCUAUGGAAGAAAUGAUAAUCAAUUUCCUUAUAAGGGUUGCAUUGGUCAUAGAGCCUAAGGACAAGGAAGCAAGUACCAUGUACAAACAAGCUCUGGAGCUACUUUCACAAGCUUUGGAGGUGUGGCCAACUGCCAAUGUUAAAUUCAAUUAUCUUGAGAAGCUGCUGAGCAGCAUUCAGCCUCCUUCCAAGGACCCUUCCACUGCCCUGGCACAGGGGUUGGAUGUGAUGAACAAGGUUCUAGAGAAGCAGCCGCAUCUCUUCAUCAGAAACAACCUUAACCAGAUUUCCCAGAUUCUUGAACCGUGUUUCAAGUUGAAACUGUUAGAUGCUGGAAAGUCAUUGUGCUCCAUGUUGAAAAUGGUCUUUGUUGCUUUUCCUCUGGAAGCAGCUACCACUCCCCCUGAUGUGAAACUACUAUAUCAGAAGGUUGAUGAACUAAUACAAAAGCACAUGAAUACAGUUCCAACUCCUCAAACACCUGGUGAAGAGAGCAAUGUUAAUUCAGUUAGUUUUGUCCUGCUUGUGAUUAGAACCUUGACAGAGGUGCAGAGUAACUUCAUUGAUCCUACCAUCUUGGUUCGUAUUCUUCAGCGCCUGGCAAGAGAAAUGGGGCCAUCAUCAUCUGGUUCUCAUGUGAGACAAGGCCAGAAAGAUAUGGAUUCUGCGGUCUCUUCUUCUCGUCAAGGUGCCGAUGCUGGAGCAGUGAUUUCUAAUCUGAAAUCUGUGCUGAAACUUAUUAAUGAAAGGGUCAUGCUUGUUACUGAGUGCAAAAGAUCGGUUACUCAAAUAUUAAAUAGUCUGCUAUCUGAGAAAGGUACUGAUUCUAGUGUGCUUCUAUGCAUACUAGAUGUAAUAAAAGGGUGGAUUGAAGAUGACUUUGGAAAGCCAGGCACAUCAGUCUCAUCAAGUGCUUUUCUCACUCCAAAAGAAAUAGUUUCCUUUCUUCAGAAGCUUUCACUAGUUGAUAAGCAAAACUUCUCAGAUGCUCUGGACGAGUGGGACAGUAAAUAUCUUGAGCUUCUAUAUGGAUUAUGUGCCGAUUCAAAUAAAUAUCCCCUAUCAUUGCGUCAAGAGGUGUUUCAGAAGGUGGAAAGGCAAUUCAUGCUUGGUCUACGAGCAAGAGAUCCUGAAUCUAGGAUGAAAUUUUUCUCACUUUACCAUGAAUCUCUUGGGAAAUCAUUGUUUGCUAGGCUUCAGUACAUUAUUCACCUUCAGGACUGGGAAGCUUUGAGUGAUGUCUUCUGGCUCAAACAGGGCCUUGAUCUUCUUUUAGCAAUCCUAGUCGAGGAUAAGGCCAUUACACUUGCUCCAAAUUCAGCGAAGGUGGCACCACUGCUGAUUUCAGGUUCUCCAGAUGCUUCUGGGAUGCAGCACCAGGGUACUGAUGUUCCAGAGGGUUCAGAAGAUGCUCCAUUAACAUUUGAUAUUCUUGUUCGCAAGCAUGCACAGUUUUUGAAUGAAAUGAGUAAACUUAAGGUGGCUGAUCUCAUUAUUCCACUGAGAGAGCUUGCUCAUAUGGAUGCAAAUGUUGCAUAUCAUUUGUGGGUGUUGGUGUUCCCCAUUGUCUGGGUAACCUUACACAAGGAAGAGCAGGUAGCAUUAGCUAAACCAAUGAUUACUCUCCUCUCUAAAGAUUAUCAUAAAAAGCAGCAAGGCAGUAGACCAAAUGUUGUGCAAGCACUUCUGGAAGGGCUUCAGUUGAGCCAUCCUCAACCUCGGAUGCCAAGUGAGCUCAUUAAAUAUAUUGGGAAAACUUACAAUGCAUGGCAUAUAGCAUUAGCACUGCUGGAGAGUCACGUCAUGUUGUUCACAAAUGAUACAAAGUGCUCCGAGUCGCUUGCUGAACUUUAUCGUUUGCUCAAUGAAGAAGAUAUGAGGUGUGGGUUGUGGAAGAAAAGAUCAAUCACUGCAGAGACUAGAGCCGGGCUUUCUCUAGUUCAGCAUGGUUAUUGGCAGCGUGCUCAAAGCCUCUUUUACCAAGCAAUGGUUAAGGCAACUCAAGGCACAUAUAACAACACUGUACCAAAAGCUGAGAUGUGUCUCUGGGAAGAACAAUGGCUGCACUGUGCUGGUCAACUUAGCCAAUGGGAUGCAUUGGUAGACUUUGGCAAGAGUAUUGAGAAUUACGAAAUACUACUCGACAGUCUUUGGAAAUUGCCUGAUUGGGCAUUUAUGAAGGAUGUUGUAAUUCCAAAGGCUCAGGUGGAAGAAACUCCAAAACUUCGGCUUGUUCAAGCAUUUUUUGCUCUCCAUGAUAAAAAUGCAAAUGGUGUUGGGGAUGCUGAGAACGUUGUGGGGAAAGGUGUUGAUCUUGCUUUAGAACAUUGGUGGCAGUUGCCACAGAUGUCUGUUCAUUCCAGGAUUCCGUUGUUGCAGCAAUUCCAACAGCUGGUUGAAGUUCAAGAAUCAUCAAGAAUACUUGUGGAUAUUGCCAACGGAAACAAACUUGCUGCGAACUCUGUGGUUGGUGUGCAUGGAAAUCUUUACGCUGACCUCAAAGACAUCCUUGAAACUUGGAGACUCAGAACUCCUAAUGAUUGGGAUAACAUGUCGGUUUGGUAUGAUUUGCUACAAUGGAGAAAUGAAAUGUAUAAUGCAGUCAUAGAUGCAUUCAAAGAUUUUACAACUACGAAUCCUCAACUUCAUCACCUUGGUUAUCGUGACAAAGCAUGGAAUGUCAAUAAGCUUGCUCGCAUUGGUCGUAAGCAGGGCCUUUAUGAUGUUUGUGUGACAAUACUUGAAAAGAUGUAUGGCCAUUCAACCAUGGAAGUGCAGGAGGCCUUUGUUAAGAUAAGAGAACAAGCAAAAGCUUAUCUGGAGAUGAAGGGAGAGCUUACCAGUGGUCUCAAUCUAAUUAACAGCACUAACCUAGAGUAUUUUCCAGUGAAACAUAAGGCAGAAAUAUUUCGUCUUAAGGGGGAUUUCUUGUUAAAGCUGAAUGACUCUGAAGGUGCUAAUCAUUCCUACUCUAAUGCCAUCAGCCUGUUCAAGAAUUUGCCUAAAGGAUGGAUAAGCUGGGGAAAUUAUUGUGACAUGGCUUACAGAGAAAUGCAUGAAGAGAUUUGGCUGGAAUAUGCUGUGAGCUGCUUUCUUCAAGGCAUUAAAUUUGGCAUAUCUAACUCAAGAAGCCAUCUAGCUCGUGUUCUAUAUCUUCUCAGCUUUGAUACUCCUAAUGAACCUGUUGGGAGGGCUUUUGAUAAAUAUCUUGACCAAAUUCCCCACUGGGUCUGGCUUUCUUGGAUUCCACAACUCUUACUUUCUUUGCAAAGGACAGAAGCUCCCCAUUGCAAACUGGUCCUACUUAAAAUCGCAACUGUGUAUCCCCAGGCCCUAUAUUAUUGGCUUCGCACAUAUUUGCUUGAACGGCGUGAUGUUGCAAAUAAAACUGAACUCGGUAGUAGGAUGGCAAUGGCUCAAAGAAUGCAGCAAAGUGCCACUGUUGCCACUGCUGGUUCAAUUGGCUUAGCUGAUGGGAAUGCUAGAGUACAAGGUCAUAGUGGUUUAUCCUCGGACAAUCAAGUUCACCAAGCUGCUCAGUCUGGUGGGGGUAUUGGUUCUCAUGACGGUGGAAACUCUCACGGGCAAGAAUCUGAAAGGUCUACAGGUGUUGAGAGCAGCAUGCAUCCAGGGAAUGAGCAACAAGGUGCUUCAAUCAUCAAUGAUGGUGGUCAGAAUGCAUUAAGACGUAAUGGUGCUUUCGGUUCCCUACCUUCUGCUGCCAGUGCUUUUGAUGCUGCCAAGGAUAUAAUGGAGGCUCUUAGAAGCAAACAUACUAAUUUGGCUACUGAACUUGAGAGUCUGCUCACUGAAAUUGGUUCAAGGUUUGUCACUUUGCCCGAAGAGAGACUUCUAGCGGUGGUUAAUGCACUGCUCCACCGUUGUUACAAGUAUCCAACGGCGACCACAGCUGAGGUUCCCCAAUCUCUUAAGAAGGAGCUUUCUGGUGUUUGCCGAGCUUGCUUUUCAGCAGAUGCUGUAAAUAAGCACGUUGAUUUUGUGAGAGAGUACAAACAAGAUUUCGAGCGUGAUCUUGAUCCUGGGAGCACUCCUACUUUUCCGUCGACCCUCUCUGAGUUGACUGAGCGGUUAAAACAUUGGAAAAAUGUCCUCCAGAGCAAUGUUGAAGACAGGUUUCCAGCGGUUUUGAAGCUGGAAGAGGAAAGCAGGGUGUUGCGUGACUUUCAUGUUGUGGAUGUUGAGGUUCCGGGACAGUACUUCAGUGAUCAGGAAAUUGCACCCGACCAUACCGUGAAGUUGGAUAGGGUUGGAGCUGAUAUACCUAUUGUACGAAGGCAUGGAAGCAGUUUCCGGCGCUUGACUCUUAUUGGUUCUGAUGGAUCUCAGCGUCAUUUUAUUGUCCAGACAUCUUUGACCCCUAAUGCAAGAAGUGAUGAACGAAUAUUGCAGCUUUUCCGUGUGAUGAACCAGAUGUUUGAUAAGCACAAGGAAUCAAGGCGACGCCACAUAUGCAUUCACACUCCAAUCAUUAUACCUGUUUGGUCACAGGUCCGUAUGGUAGAAGAUGAUUUGAUGUACAGCACCUUCCUUGAGGUGUAUGAGAACCAUUGUGCAAGGAAUGACAAGGAGGCAGAUCUUCCCAUCACCUAUUUCAAGGAGCAGUUAAACCAAGCUAUAUCUGGCCAAAUCUCACCAGAAGCUGUUAUAGACCUUCGCCUCCAAGCUUAUAAUGACAUCACAAGAAAUCUUGUAACGGACGGGAUCUUUUCCCAGUACAUGUACAAGACUCUACCAAGUGGCAACCAUAUGUGGGCUUUCAAAAAGCAGUUUGCCAUCCAGUUAGCCCUCUCGAGUUUCAUGUCCCUCAUGUUGCAAAUUGGGGGGAGGUCGCCAAACAAAAUAUUAUUUGCCAAGAACACAGGAAAAAUAUUUCAAACUGAUUUUCAUCCUGCAUAUGAUGCAAAUGGAAUGAUCGAAUUUAAUGAACCAGUGCCUUUCCGUCUUACGAGGAAUAUGCAAUCUUUCUUCUCCCAUUUUGGAGUGGAAGGCCUCAUUGUGUCUGCAAUGUGUGCAGCAGCACAGGCUGUUGUUUCACCCAAACAAAGUCAGCAUCUAUGGCAUCAGUUGGCUAUGUUUUUCCGCGAUGAGCUUCUGUCUUGGUCUUGGAGGAGACCACUUGGGAUGCCUAUGGCCCCCUUUUCCGGAGGGGGUAGUAUGAACCCAGCUGAUUUCAAGCAGAAGGUCAUCAACAAUGUUGAGCACGUGAUUAACCGGAUCAAUGGAAUUGCCCCACAGUACUUCUCUGAAGAGGAGGAGAAUGCCAUGGAACCACCACAGUCGGUUCAGCGUGGAGUGACUGAGUUAGUGGAAGCAGCCUUGACUCCGAGGAACUUGUGCAUGAUGGAUCCAACGUGGCACGCCUGGUUUUAGAAGUUAGCACUACAGUUUUAAUAGUUGAGAUAUAGUGAAUUUGGUUUAGAUAGUUUCCUGUUGUAAAUGUUUAUGUGCAUGAUUAGGUGAAGCCAUGCUCAGUUGUAAUAUUUCUUUAACAUCUAUUGUGGCAUGAAAGCAAUUGGGUGUUGAAUGUAUAUUGCAAAACUCAUAUUUAAGAUUAAUGGAAAUUAGCUCCCGCUGAAGUAUCUCCCAAAA